AUGAGUGUUGGAGAACCGCCUGAACAGCAAUACUCAAGCAGUGUGGGAGUUGACGAAAAUGGAGAUGUGGUUUAUCAGCAUGGCGGAGCCGUGCAAAUGUAUGGUCAAGAACCGCAACUCAUCAGGAUGGAAGACGGUCGACUUGUUCAAAUGAUCGAGCAUGGGGCAGGCCAGGAGGUGCAAUAUGAAGAGGUUCAAGUUUGUUUCACAAAGUAUGCCUUUUUUGACUAG